CUGCUACGUUAGUUAAUCAGCUGAAUAUUUUGACAGCGACAAGAGCCUAUACGUUGCAUUGAAAAUCUAUAGACGUGGCAAGUGAAAUGGAGGAAUUUAACUCUCUUCCACCGUUUUCUUCACCAUCGAAUGAAGAUUACUUGGUCGAUGUCAGCGGGAAAAUGGACAGCAUCCCUUCCAUUUCUAAACCUACAAAUGGUGAAGGAAAGCCCGAAUUCAAUACUUUAGAUGAACCAAUCCGCCUGACAAUAGUACGUGAUCUCAAGGCUGUAGGAAACAAGUUCUUUCAUGUACUUUACCCUCGUCAACAAACUUCUUUAUUAACAGAAUGGGACUUGUGGGGACCACUUAUUUUGUGCACAUUUAUGGCAUUAUUGCUACAGGGAAGAAGUGAUAGUACUGAUCACGAUGGUGGGCCAGAAUUUGCAGAAGUGUUUGUUAUUGUUUGGGUUGGUGCCAUGGCUGUCACCAUCAAUACCAAAUUACUAGGAGGAACAAUAUCAUUCUUUCAAAGUGUUUGCGUGUUGGGAUAUUGUCUACUGCCCUUAUCGAUUGCGCUGGCGCUGUGUAGGAUUGUUUUACUUCUUCAACAAAACACUCUAUUCUUCGUACUUCGUUGCGGAUUUUCUUUGACGGCUUUCUUCUGGGCAGUCUGGGCGGCUAUCAAAUUUUUAGGGGAUUCUUCCCCACCUCGUCGGAAAAUCUUGGCUGGUUACCCCAUUGGAUUAUUCUACUUUGUCAUCGCCUGGCUCGUUGUUUCACUUUCCAAUUCCUAAAUAUUUAUCACAUAUAUUCUCAAUUUGCACACGCACGGCUUCUAAACAAAUUAACAUAAUGCGCCAUCGAAUAAAAUGGUGGUAUCCAGUU